AUGCUAUCUGUCAUUCAUUUGCGAGUGGCCUUUGCCCUAUUGGCCUUUGCCCUAUUGGCCAUAAGCUCUGCUGCCGCAAGCCCUUGCAAGCCUCUCUCAGCCGCAACAACUUCUGGUGCCAUAUCUGCCACUAUCACAUCCACUGCUGUCACCUCAGAUGCUUCUGGCGAGACUUCAUUGGUCACUUCUGUCGCAUCCACCACUGAAGAUGAAAGCGCCACUUCCUCCACGGUAGUUGAGUCCUCUACCAAGACAAUUGUCUCUUCCGCUGAGACAUCUGCUUCCUCGGUCGAAACAUCGGAUUCCUCCAUCAUUAUUGAAACAUCUGCAGCCAUAACCACCACCGAGGCUACUGCAGAGACUACAACCGCUGAGCCAACUACCACCGAUGCCACCACCACCGUCGCUGAGACCACCUCAUCCGCAGCCAUCCCUACCUUCACAAUGUUCGCUUCCGGCUCGAACGCCGUUGCAGGCAGAAGUCUCCAAACUUACAACCGUGACGGCACCGUCGCCGUAUUUGACCCCGCCACCGACGACGAUAAUCCUUCCGUUCGACAAUACUUCAUCGACGCUCAAGGCAGGCUUGUGAAUGACCUCGGCUGGUUUCUCUGUGGAUACUAUGGUGCGACGAACGAUGAGCUUAACAAGCCUGCGACAGUGGCGGUCUGCCAUAGCGAAACUCCCUUGCAGACGGCUUUCCUCACUUGCGAGUUGGACGGUCCCUUUGCAAUUGAGUGCUCGGUUCCAGCGAUGUCUUGUGUGUCGAGCGGAUCUGCUAGCAUGCCCCCCACGUGUAUACCUACUACCGGUUAUUGGAGAUUGAAUUCUGUCGGUGUUCGACCGUUUGGUCACACCUGGCAGAUUGGAGGUAGUGAUACGCCCGAUAAAUAUGAGCGAAUGACCAUGAGUAUCCGGGAGAUCUGA